ACGCUCAGCAUCCGUCGGUUUUGAGGCCGAGGAUUAAGAACCUAGCCAGACUGAGGAAUAACCACGCGAGGAAAUGCGCUUAGUAACCGCCUGUUACCCGCACGAUACACCCGGUUUCCCGCGGUGCCAUGUGUGGGGAUUCGGUUUUCGGCUCCGGAUGUCGACAUUCAUCGACUCCAUCAUCGCGGUCAUCCGAUACCCACUAAAACCCCGCCUCCCAUGGUCCAGUUAUCUGGGAGAUGCUCCUCGUUUUCAAGGGUCUUUGCCCACGUCUUCCUGACCAGGGAAGAUCGGAUUGAUUUCUUUCCGUAUUUUGCUGUGUUUGUCAUCAUGCAGUCUAUCAGCAGUCUCGUCCUUAUCGCUUUCUUCCAUCUGUUCUCUACUUCUUGAACAGAGGCAUUGCCCUUCUCUUGUAUAACGCAGUCUCGACAUUCCUGCGUUUGCCUGUUGGAUGGCUCCGCAUGCCAUCACCAUUCCUAAGCUUGGGUGCAGGUCUGUGUCCGUCUUUCUUCUCCAUAUCUCGUUCGCUAGUUUCCAGAUCUGGGCCUGUCCCGUUGCUUCACACUUCAUCAGUAUGUGGUCCAUUGUUUCUAUGACUUCUUCACCGCAGUGUUUGCAGUGAGCCUUUUCUUCGUGUCCCGGGAUUCUCGACCAGUGUGUUCCGACUUUAUAUCCAUCGUGUAUCAGCAUCCAUGUGAAGUAUCGGAUACUUCGCGAGAAGUCUUUGUGUUGGAUGGCUGCCCAUAUUUGGGCUUCAGUCGCCGCUCCUUUUGGGUCGUUUCCCUCUUCCUCUGUUGCUUGCUGUGCUAUUUCUAUGUUCCUUCUUGUUGCUCUUCGGUCUAUUUCGCUCCUGGGAGGAUGAGCGAUCUGUCGACUUGGGUAUCUAUGAUGUCGGGUUGGCUCUUCUGUCUGCCCUCGUUUGCUAGCUUAUCUGCUUCCUCAUUUCCGUGUAUUCCCGCAUGGCCCUUGACCCAUGUUAAUCUUGUACGUGCUCUUCGAUUUCGUAUCUUCGUGAUGGUCAGUUUUGCUAGGUCUCCGUUCGCCGCCAGGAAGAAGCCUUGGUCUUCCCAUUUUUGGAGACUUUUGAUCUCUAUUGUCUCUUUAAUCGCUAGCAUUUCCGCUAUUUGGUUGGAUGGGCCGAGUUCGUUCGGGACUUUUAUUGCUUUGUUUUCUCGGUCGUCGUCUUCGAAGUAGAUCCCUGCUCCUGCUUCGGUUCCUUCCCUGCCGUUCUUUGUCGCUGACCCGUCUGUGUAGGCUUCGAGUUCUAUUGUUUCUUUGUCGGGGUUCUCUGCGUGUUCGCGGCUCGGUGCUGUUCGGCUGUGGUUGGUUUCCUCUUCCGUGAAGAUUCUAAAUACGUCUGCGAUGUUGCCCGUUGUUGUGACUCUUUGGUCUAUGUCAAUCGUUC